UCACAUAAUAUGGCGGCCUGAAUCUAGCUGCGCUGAGGGAGGAUCUGGGUGCCGCGGAAUCGGCGUCCAUCCUUCCCGGCUGGGGUGUCUCGUCGGCCCUGAAUCCCUCGGGCAUCGGGAAGCGGGACUGAAGGCCGCGAUGGUCGUCGGAGUAGCCCUGCUUUGAGUCGGGAGUCGUCGCAACCGAGUCUAGCCGCCUCGAUGGAGUUGAGAGUCGGGAACCGGUACCGGCUUGGCCGGAAGAUCGGGAGCGGCUCCUUCGGGGACAUUUACCUAGGGACAGACAUUGCUGCUGGAGAAGAAGUUGCCAUCAAGUUGGAAUGUGUGAAAACUAAACAUCCUCAACUCCAUAUAGAGAGCAAAAUUUACAAAAUGAUGCAGGGUGGAGUGGGUAUCCCUACAAUCAAAUGGUGUGGGGCUGAAGGUGACUACAAUGUAAUGGUGAUGGAGUUGUUGGGACCAAGCCUUGAAGAUCUUUUUAACUUCUGCUCAAGGAAAUUCAGCCUCAAAACAGUCCUAUUACUUGCUGACCAAAUGAUUAGUCGAAUAGAAUAUAUUCAUUCGAAGAACUUCAUCCACCGAGAUGUAAAGCCUGACAACUUCCUGAUGGGAUUAGGCAAGAAGGGCAAUCUUGUCUAUAUCAUAGAUUUUGGGCUGGCCAAGAAAUACCGGGAUGCUCGUACCCACCAGCACAUUCCAUAUCGUGAAAAUAAAAACUUAACGGGAACUGCCCGCUAUGCCUCCAUCAACACUCAUCUUGGAAUUGAACAAUCUCGCAGAGAUGACUUGGAGUCCUUGGGCUAUGUACUCAUGUAUUUUAACCUGGGCUCCCUCCCCUGGCAGGGAUUGAAAGCAGCCACAAAGAGACAGAAAUAUGAACGCAUCAGUGAAAAGAAAAUGUCUACGCCCAUUGAGGUUUUGUGUAAAGGAUACCCUUCCGAAUUUGCUACGUACUUGAAUUUCUGCCGCUCCCUGCGUUUUGAUGACAAACCAGAUUAUUCUUAUCUAAGACAAUUGUUCAGAAACCUCUUCCACAGACAAGGCUUCUCCUAUGAUUAUGUAUUUGAUUGGAACAUGCUCAAAUUUGGUGCCAGCCGAGCCGUUGAAGAUGCUGAGCGUGAGCGGAGAGAGAGAGAAGAAAGACUGAGACAUACACGGAACCCUGCAGUUCGUGGUUUACCAUCCACUGCCUCUGGCAGGCUGAGAGGGACACAAGAUGUAGCCCCACCAACUCCUCUUACUCCAACCUCACAUACUGCAAACACCUCUCCUCGUCCAGUAUCUGGAAUGGAGCGAGAACGGAAAGUGAGUAUGCGAUUGCAUCGUGGUGCCCCUGUCAAUAUCUCCUCGUCUGAUUUAACAGGCCGACAAGAUACCUCGCGCAUGUCAACCUCACAGAUUCCUGCUCUGGCGACAACCAGCGCUCUCCAGUCUGCUGUGCAUCGGUGAAUAAUGCUGCCGUUGAGGGGGCAGAUAAUGCAUGGCUGAUCUCCUAUGUUACCAAUGGCUUUUACUAGCAAAGCUACCCCAAACUAGAGCAGAAGAAAUAUUACAACUGGAUCUCUCCUUGCCAUUUACUAAAGAUACUCACAGGAACAUGGACAGAAUCCAGCAGCUGCCACUACAAGAGGCUUUGGCCAGAAACCUGAUAACCUUACGCGGACUCUAGCGACAGGGCUAGAAAAGGAAGAGACCGUUUACAGCAUUAACCGCCUGUUAUUUAAUAGCCAUUUCAGUUUUCCCUCCACAGGCGGCAGCCUUUACCCCCCCUUUUUAUUGUUCGACUUGUAACUAUAUAAAUCUUUUACUUGGUUUAAGAAAGUUUUGUAUUCAUUUUGCUAAAGAUUAUUGGCUUAACUCUCUGUAAAGAAUUCACUCUCGCUUUUGUCUGAUCUGAAACUUAUGUAGAAAUGUGAACAAUCCUGAAGUUUGAAAGAGACUUGAACUUCUCGUAAACUUACAUCAGGCAGGGAAUGUGUAAAUGAUUUAGAACAGUUUGCUUUUAUUUCACACUGCUUUGUUUAUAUAUGAUCCCAUGCUAAGAGGAAGAAGUGCAUGGAUGUUAAGGUUGAAUCAUUUUGGGUGAGGGAUUGUUUUAAAAGUUUUUUUUUUUUAAUUUGGUUGUCUUGUUCUUCCAGAGGUUUUUUUUUUUUAACCAAAUCUCCAUGCUGCUCAGUAACUUUUUUUAAAAAAAUGUUUGUCUCUGGUACUAUCCAAGAAAGAAAAGUUAUUUUAAAAGGAGGGGAAAGUACCCAGUCAAGGUUAUAAGAUCACUUCAUAGACUCUGAGGAACUAAAGUCAAAUGCUCUAAAAUAACCUUUUAGGGAAGGUUUUAAUGUUGAAUGUACAAUAUGUGUUCUUUUUAUUUACAGGAGGGUUACAUAUGAAAUGUUAGUGACAAGAUCCACCGUUUCUGCUUGGUUUUUGGUACAGAUGCCAAAAAAAAUAUGAACGCUGCCACUGCAGUGUGAGUUGUAGUGCAGUGUGUUGUGGUAGGUGUGCUUCUGAGUAUGCGAAGAACAGCAAGUGCUUAUUAUAGCCUGCUGCAUUAUGCCAAGGCUUGGUGGAGCUAUAAACAAAAUGUUCUUGCUGCAAGAUGCCAAGACUUGAGAUCAUUCAAAGCCUGUUGAAUUUAAUAUUUUAAAGUUUGCCAGUCUGGAACAGCUGGCCUUCAGCUGAAGAUACACAACAUGAUGGCCAAAAAAGCCUACCUUAGCAAACAAACGUGCCAGCUAAAUAAGGAGGAAUCUCUGUUUUCACGUGCAAUAUAUUUUGUCCCUCUGUAAUCUGGGGAAAUAGAAGGCAUGUAAAUCAUACCAAAUACCACUCAAUGUAACAUCACACCCGUCUUGGGAAUGAAGGUGCAAUACAUAGAUGUGUUGUGUUACUACUUUUUAAUCAACAGAUGUGAGAUUCUUGCCUCCUUGGAAACUUAGUGGCUUAUAUGAAUCCAUGGUUUCCCUUUUCUGUUCAUUUUCAAGCAUUUUAUUGCUCUAAAAGCUUUGACAGUUCCUUUUUUUAGUUUUGUGAAUUUUUGAGUAGAAACUUAUCUUGUCACUUUUCUUUAGCUGCUCUGAAACAUUAACCAAGUGCUCGUUUGUAUGUUCAGGGUCUGAUUGGACGCAUCUUAUGAGUGCUGUGGGAAUAUUUUUAAAAUGUUGAUCCAUGGAGGAUUUUGCAAAACUGUAUCACUUGGUUAAUGUAAAUGUGGGUUCUUCAGGCAUGUGCACUUCCAUUUGUACAGUACUACACUUCAGUGUGCUUUCUUUGUAAAUAUUUGUGGUCAAAUGAUGUAAUGUUAGAGACUUAUAAAAGCAGCCUCUUCUCUAUAUAUAUCUGGAAACUUAAAUUGCUGUACUAUACUUAAAAGUCGACUAAUGCAAAUUUCUAGGCUUGCUUAGUUGUGGGCAGUCCUUGCCCUUCCAUUGUAGCUAAAUCCAACCAUCACCAACUGAAAAUAUAGUUAGAAUGUCUCUCUAAACCUGUGUACUGGUAACGAAUAUCUCAGAACACCUCAUUUGUAUUACCACUGUAUUUGUGUACUUUAAUAAUUGUGUAAAUAAAUUCAUAAGACUUCUA